AUGUAUCAUCCCACACUGGUGAAAGACCAAUUUGGCACACACUUCGAUACCCCUCUGCACUUCAGAGCUAAAUGCGGAUUUGACUCUAUUGACAAGGUUCUCACACCCUGGCGCCAGCCAUCGCCACCACCGCCUAUGGGAGCUCCGCCGGUGGCUAUAAGUGUCGGGGACAAGAGCAGGGGCAUGUUCCCUUUGGGUCUGGGUCACUCCGUGCACUAUGUGCGCAAACGGCUGGCACUGAUUGGCGAUGCGGCCCAUCGCAUGCACCCGUUGGCAGGGCAGGGUGUCAAUGUGGGAUUUAAUGACGUGAAGGUACUUGUGGAUGUUCUCAACACUAGCGUUGAUCUGGGCGAAGACAUAGGCAGCAUACACCAGCUGAUGGGCUACGAAGCAACCACCCAGCGCGCAAAUGUGCCUAUGCUCAUGGCUACAGAUGGUUUGAAACGACUCUUUUCGUCGGACUAUGGGCCGUUGGCGUUCCUUAGAGGGGUGGGUUUGAAUGCAACCAAUGGCGUAGAGCCACUCAAGACUGCGCUCAUGCGACACGCCAUGGGCCUCUGAUUGAAGCGCAGCCCUUUGUACCGCUAAGCUGGAGGCGUCCUAACUGAUAAACGAGCUACGGCGCUUCGUUUUGUACGCUUACAAGUACAAGAGUAGUGGGAGAAACUGGGUGCUCCUGUGUACCUCGAAGACUUUCAAAAUCUACACCGAUCGAUGGGAUGCUCAAAAAUAUUCGUGACCAUUUGUGUUUGUGAGCGCACAAUAUCGGGGUAGAAAGAUCACCAUGGCUACGUGAGACUUAAUAGCUAUGGUGUGACAAAGCAGCCACGUCAUUCGAGUGCACUUGUUACAUGGAAUAUAGAUGCCGUUUGCUUGUGAGGAUGGCAUAGGCUGGCACACACACCAACCAGUAGUACCUGAGGUGUUGCGCAGCUAGGAAAUCACUACAUGACAGGCUCCGUCGAUCACCACUUAGGAGUCAUAUUGUCGAAGAUAUGGGACAUUUCUGUGGCAAGGCUUUCCGCAACUAAGUAGAAAAGAUUUCUAUCGACGUUCCCAAAUGUAUAAUGCCGAAUUAGACGUGGAGAACCCCUGUCUUCCGUUCGUGUGUCAUGCACAGUAUGCAACUAUUGGAGCGGAAAUAAACUGCAAUUGUAUUUAAACUUGA